AUUUUUGUGGUUUACUUCGAAAUAAACAAAAACAUGACUGUCAAACUAGGAAGAAAAGUGCCAACCAAGCAUCUGUCAUCUCUAUGCAGAUGGAGAUUUGUUGUGUCUUAAAAUUGCUUCAAGUCGAUAUGUGUUAAAUGUUUUGGUCUCGGAAAUUUGUUGGCCAGCACUGCGAUUGGCAUUGCAGGCGAUACACUAAGGCAGCACUGCAAUGAUCGAUUUGGCCAUCUCCCUCCCCCGUGCUUUUCUUCCUAAAUUUCACCAAAUAGAUCAUCCAUGCAAAGAUAAGGUUGCCAUUUGGGCUCCGAAUUUGUGUGGGCUAUCAUCUUCAACUUAUGGGAACCCCUGCACGGUUCAGGUCCAUCGGCAUACUUCAAGGGUUCGUAAACUAACGCAGAUAGAAGCUGCAAAACUAAGUACAGUGACACCUACUUUUGACCGAGAGCUUCGAGCAGUGCUUGAAUUGGCUAGUGAUGACGAGCUUUCUGAGGUUUGGGACAGUUUAUAUGGUCAAAGCUUUUUAAGCCCAUGGUUGAAGUCCAUCACAUACAAUGAUUAUCCUCAAGAUGCAUUAGUACAAGCAGGUGAUCCAGAAGCGAGACAAGCAUUAAUGGAACGCCUCGAGUCUCGGUUUUUGUUCCUGGCUGCAGAUGCCAAAGACACACUAACUGGUCGUAGGCCAUCUUAUCGAAAUGUGUUACUUCAAGUGAGGAAGAAAUUGAAAGUUCCAUGCUCAACAAAAUUAUCAACAGAGGAUAUAGAGGCAGAGAUAUUUCUUCAUCUACUAAAAGAAUAUUCAAGGCCAAGAUAUUCAGCCAAUUCCCCCGUAGAUUACUGCAGUUCUCUUAGACCUGAUCAAAGUCAAGGGCAUAUUCUUGCCAUAGCUAAGCUUGGUGCUGAGGAACUCUUAUCAGUAAUUUUGAAGGGGGGCAGUGCAAUGACUAUCUCAAAACUUCAGCAUUUGCUAGCGAAGAGACUGUCUGGAAAAAUGGUAUUGGAAGCUGCAAAAUGUCAGCUUGCAAAGCAGAUGAUGAAAACGGGUGGACAGGCUGUAGCUACAAAAUUAGAGACACAUGUAGCUUGCCUUGCUGCAAGACAGGGGUUUGCUGGUGCUGCAUCACGUUAUGUUGCUUUCCGAAGUAUGACAAUGUUUCUUGGUCCAUUGUUAUGGGGUACUUUUCUGGCAGAUAUUGUAAUUAGAGCAUCUGAUACAGACUAUGCUAGAAUUGUUCGAGCAAUUUAUGCCUUUGCCCAGAUCCGACUCACACGUACAUAUGGGUGGACAUCUUCUGAACAUCAACUUGGUGAUCAUGAUGUUGAAACCUAAAAAUUCAUUCUCUGGUGUAAAUCCUAAGUUUUAAGGUGAAACUGUGAAGGAGAUAGGCACUGUCUUAGGCAUGCUUCUAUUUUGUAUAGGUAAUGGUGCAACUCUGCUUGUAAACAGAUCUUGAGGAAGAGUGACAUGGAAUUAUGAAAGUAAUUUCAAGUUAGCUUCUCAGCACUAUUUAUCAACAUACUCUGAUUAUCAGUGCUUGGAAUAUUUCUUCUUGUCUUCGUUACUGACAGUUGACUUGCAAGUUGCUAGCAGUGCAUGAGGACGUGAAAUAUCUCUUUGGUCAACAUCCUUGCAUUGUUGAUUAUCAGCUAUUCAAGUCGCUACAUAUUACGUUAGUUAACUAAUGGAACCUUGCCCCUUAUGUACUAGAGGUCCCAAUUUCAAUGCUACACUAAACCCCAGAGGGUGCUUGUGUGAGCAGUUCAAAUGUUUCAAAUAUUAUUUUAUGAUAAAUUUUUUAUAUCAA